CCCUUUCCAAACAUUUCCUCAAAUAUAGUUCAUGCGAUUUGCAGGACUUUAGGCAAUUUUAAUUGAAGAAAAAGUGAUUUGCGCCUACAUUUUGUUUAUUUUCUUCUCUAUAACUAAUUUUUUAAUUGUGGAUCAUUUUAAUGCCAUCAAAACGUUGUAAUAUAUAGUGAGACAAUGUCUGUGCAUUACAAAUUUAAAAGUGCCCUAGACUUUGACACUGUCACAUUUGACGGUCUUAAUAUUUCUGUCGGCGAUCUAAAAAGGUCAAUCAUACAUCAAAAGCGUUUGGGAAAAGUUACUGACUUUGAUUUACAAAUAACAAAUGCUCAAACUAAAGAAGAAUACCAAGAUGACACGGCCUUAAUUCCCAAGAAUACGUCUCUGAUUAUUGCUAGGAUUCCGAUAACUCAACCAAAAAAGAUUUGGAAUCCUCAAAAUAUAGAAAAACCACAGCAGGUGCGAGCAACUUCGCGAGGAGAUGGUAACUCUUUGGACUUAUCAAAGAUGAAAGGCAGUGAAGAGGAUAAAAUAUUGGAAAUGAUGAUUCAAAGUACAGCCGAUUACGAUCCUAAAAGCUAUCACAGAAUAAGGGGACACUCUCAAGUCGGUGAAGUUCCGCCUUCAUAUCGCUGUAAUAGGUGCAAGAAAACGGGGCAUUGGAUAAAAAAUUGUCCUUAUACUGUAGGCAAGGAGCAUAGUGAGGUUAAAAGGAAUACCGGAAUUCCCAGGUCAUUCCUUGAUAAAGAUGAUAACGAGCCGCCUGCUGAUUUCCCUGAGCCAGCAGUGGCAAUUGAGAGCAAGAAGGAAAUACCUGAAGAUUUAAUAUGCAGCAUUUGCAAGGACCUAUUUGUUGACGCUGUCAUGAUCCCCUGCUGUGGAAGCUCAUUUUGUGAUGACUGUGUACGUAGUGCACUUCUUGAAUCCGAAGAGAAUGAGUGCCCCGAUUGCAAAGAAAGAGGUUGUUCGCCAGGUUCAUUGAUUCCAAACCGUUUUCUACGUAAUUCUGUAAAUGCAUUUAAAAAUGAAAAUGGCUAUACAAAUUUGAGAUCCAAGAAAGUUAUUGUAGAAAAAGCUAAUGAUCAAGGAGAGAAUACGUCAACGAAAGAAAAAGUUGAAACAGCUGAUGUAAAAAAACCAGAAGAAAAGCAAAUAGAAGUGUCAACUACUCCAAAGGAAAUAUCCAAAUCUGAUGAAACAAUAAAAGAGAAAGAUGUUGAAAAUAGCUCAAAGAUUGAAGCAACAAAAUUGGAGGAAAUUGAAUCUGAUUACGAGGAUAACAUAACUAUCAUGAUGCCUCCAGUACCUGCGAAAAAUACGAAUGCUGGCACUGUCGAACAUAGCGGACGCAGUGUUAGCCACCCGAAACCUCCUGGUAUAGAAAGCUCUCCACGUCACAAGAUGCAGAUUUCUCCAACAGAUACUCAUAAGAGAGAUACCCAUUUUGGAUCAGAUUCACAAAGUAAUGAAUGGGAUCAUGAUUACAAAAGUGCAAGAGAUUAUUCAGAAGAUGACGUUAAUGGAAACAUGUUUUAUAAGAAACAGCAUAGCCAUCCGAUAAAUCCGCAAUUGCAUUACGGUCCGAAUAAAAUUCAAAUACGUCCACUCCGACCAAAUCAUUUGAUGGAUGUAUAUUCAGGACCACCAAAUAGAGUUAAUGCUUAUCAGCAGAUGCCCGUUCCGCACAGCAUAGCCCAAGAUCCAGGAGUUCAAGGACAACCUAUGAUGCCGUUUGGUGUAUACAAUCCAAUGGGUCCUAGGCCUAAUAUUGGUUAUCAACAUUCUGUCCGACCGAUGUUCCAUAAUGCUCCACCUGGUUUUCCAUCGAUUAGAUGCCCUCCUGCUGACAUGCACCAUACAAACAGUAACCUUGCAUCGGUUUAUCAGGGUGUAGCAGCCAAAGUUGGAACUGGAAUAAUUGAAGAUCCCCUGGAAACUUUUAAUCGACUUAUGAAAGAAAAGGAACGCCGCAGAGAAGAACGUCGGCGGUCGUUGGAACGCCGCCGCUCCUGGUCUCAUGAAAGACAAAAUCGCGGUCGGCCGCAUGUAUCCCCCUAUCGCAGACCUCCUCGUGAAGUCAAGGAGAAGCUUAGACCGUAUGACGCUGAUCGUAAACGUGAUAACGGUUUUGAUCGCACUAAAUCGAUCAGACGGAGACGAUCUAAUUCUUUUAGUGAUAAGAGUUCGAGGUCGAGGUCUUGGUCAAAUUCGCCAGUUAAAAAACGUUCAAGAUCACCAUAUAAUAAGCGGUCUCGUAGUCGCACACACGCAUUUCAAGAAAAACAACGAGACACAGGAAAAAUUCAUAACAUAAGGGAAGGUGAUUUACUUGAGGAAUCGUCAACGCUAAGGGGCACCACAAGUGAGGAAAGAAUUCGUCCUUUACGUCAGAGCAACGCGGAGUGGCAUUCUCAUCAAGGCUCCUUUGAUUCGGAAAAAUAUUCAAUAUCACGAAAGGAUAGAUUUCAGGAGGGUCAAUUUGAAUCUGUGGAACCCCCACCACCUGGUUAUGAGCCAAAUCAAUCAUCCUAUAUUAACAACUACAAUACUUUGCCACAAGAUUAUAUAAAUCCUACAAAACGAACCGAGCGCAUCGCAAGUGAUACAAAAGAUCAAAGACAGUUUGAAAAUCGUCGAAGUUCGGAUAAAAACGAUACCAAAAACGUUAGUAAGACAAGCGAUAAAAAAGUUAGGCGAACUCGAAGUCCGACACCGGUGACAAAGAAGAGGUCAGACAGCUGUGAAAAAUUAGAAAAGACUGCUAAUAAAAGAUCACGAAAUAAUAUCCCUACUUCUCGGAAAAGCGCAGAACGAAGCAAACCCAAACGCGUAGAAGCGAAUUCUAGUGAAGCACCAAAACGGUGUAAUGAAAAGCGUUUGAAAACUCCUGAACAUACUCCUGUGAAAGAAGUAACAGUUGGUCGUGUAAAGACCGAGAAAUGGGAAAGUUUUGACCGGCGAACCAGUCCAGAAAAACAUAGACCCAGACACCCGAUAGUAAGUAAAGAUGAGGAUGUUCGUUCGAAUUCGAGCAAGGAUGAAAAAUCUUCAAAGAAAUCUAAAGAUAAAGAUAGGAAAAAGAGGAGGAAAGAUAAAACUGAACGGAAAAAACUUAAAAAAGAUAAAAGAAGUAGGAGAGAACGCGAAAGGCAAAAGAACUCAGAGGAACCAGGCGACAGAUCGCAACAUAAUGAAAAUGAUGAAACUAAGGAUGUGUAUAUAUCAAGAACUCCAGAAUUAACCAUAGACAAAAAUAUUCCACCUGCUGGUGACAUAGCUUCAACUGAGGAAACCAAGGUAGACACAAGCACAUCAUUAACACUUUGCAGCGAUGUCGACAUAAAAAAUACAAUGAAAGAAAAUUCUCAAGAUAAAGCCAAAGCCGAUACAAAUACUACAGAAUCUGAGUUUAAGCGAGUAGACUCAGUUUUGGAUAUCCUUGAUUAUGAAACUGAAUUCGACGACCUUAAUUCUCAAAGCCAGCAAAAGCAAAAAUCCAUUGCACCCGUGCCGGAACCUUCAAAAUGGGAAAUUGAUGAGCAGAAUACUAGUGUUGCUAGUGAAAUUAUUAAUUUGGAACCUGAUGAAAAUACUGAUUACCAAAUUGAAAAGUUAUCGUGUGAGAAAGUUACUAACGAAGUAUUACGCAAAGCCGAAAAUGCCAUAUUUGCGCGAGCUAUCAAGGCAAUAUAUCCUUUUGAGAAAAGCGACGGAAUCAAUGAUCAUCAGAGAGUAUACAGUGAAACGUUACCUAGAAUCGCUGUAAAAGACAAAAUCAAAAACUUUGAAAUCACUGUACCAACUAGCAAUAGUCAAGAACGUUCAGUGCAAUUAAAAGAUGAUAAUUCGCCGAGUUCCCCAAAAGUAGUUAAAUCGGUUAAAGAAAGACUUGGGAGCAAAAUAAUAUCUAAAUAUGACUACUCACCUGAUCGCGACAGGACCAAUAAAGAGCUUCUUAUGAAAAUUAAUCCCAUAGGUCGAAGUGCUUAUGAACGAGCGGAAGAGCGGAACAGAAAUAAGUUUAAAGAUCGGGACCGCGAUAAUCGUGAUAGUAGGACGAGGCAUGACAAUCGAGAGAAAAAUGUUAACCAUAAGUUGGCAACGAUUUCAAGUAGAGAUAGAGAUCGAGAAAGAAAUAGAGAUCGGGACCGCGAUCGCGAUAGAUAUCAUGAUAAUGAUAAAUAUCACGAUAAGGAUCGUGAAAGAGCCCGAGAUCGUGACAGAGACUAUUUAAGAGAAAGCCGAAAUAAAUCUCCAAAACACGUGCAUCGAGAAAUUGACAUAGCAUCAAGAAGUAGACCACGUGUCAGAGAUAGAGACGAUGACGAAAGUUCGCAUACCAGUUUAGCUCACAAGAGAAGGGCAAAUACGCCUAACCUCUCAAAAGAACAACAUAAAGGUAAGAAGAGAGGAUUGGAAGAAAGGGAUGAGGCUUGUUCGUCUAACGCCGGUCAACUGCAUAAAAAAAGAAGUAUAUCAAGAGAGAGGAAUAAAAAUGAAACGCAUGAGUCAAAAAAAUCUUUAAGUGAGUCAGAAAACAGAUUAAAGCUACAUCACUCGAGUGCAUGCAGUUCUUCAGGAUCUGCUGAUACAAGCUCCGAUUCAGAAUCUGAUGAGGGUAAGAGAAAGAAAAAACAUAAGUAUAAGAAAGACAAAAAGCGCUCGAAACGUUCACUUUCGGCUGAAUCCGCGGGAAGUUCAAAAGAGAAGCACACGAAGAACAAGAAACGAAAUAAAUCAUCAAAGAAGAAGAAGAAAAACAAAAAGUAGUAAUUCAGGUUUUAAAAUAAAAUUGCAAAUAUUUAAUGUAUAGCUGUUAUACUAGAGUUUGUGUAAUAUUGAAUAAGAAUGUAUUCAUAUGUCAUAAUAAAUGAAAUGCAUAUAUAAUAAAUGACAAAAUUUUCAAAUUUUCUCUGUGCAAAA